AUGUAUUCAAACAACAGGAAAAACAUCUUCAACGCAGAAAAGAGCAAGAAGAACAUAAAAAGAAAAACAUGGGCUCACUUUAAGACAAACCACCAGGAAGACGCCGUCACCUUGACGUCACAAAAGGUGGAAACCAACAAAAAGGUGGAAACCAACAAAAAGGUGGCAGAGGACGAGGAGGUGCAGCAGCAGACAACCUUCGAGAAGGCUCUGUAUGACCUGACCCACUCAGAGAGGGCGUUAGAUGAUCUGAUAUGCGGUCGGCGGGUGGGGUUUUACGAGCUGAGGGGGGAAAUCGGUUCUGGCAACUUCUCCCAGGUUAGACUGGGAAUACACGACCUGACCAAAGAGAGAGUGGCAGUAAAAAUCCUGGAUAAGGGGCGUCUGGGCAAACAAUCUCAAGCCCUUUUUGCCUCUGAAAUCAGCUGCAUGGAGAGGCUUUCCCACCCCAACGUGGUGCGCCUGUAUGAGGUGGUAGAAACACUGAGGAGGCUCUACCUGGUGAUGGAGUACGCCAGCGGAGGGGAGCUGUUCUCCAGAAUCACCAUCAGAGGGCGGCUGUCGGACCUGGAGAGCAAGCUUGUGUUUUCCCAGGUCCUGUCUGCAGUGAAGCACAUGCACGAUAAGAACAUUGUCCACAGGGACUUAAAGGCUGAGAAUGUAUUUUACACCAACACAUACUGCAUUAAAGUAGGGGAUUUUGGCUUUAGCGCAUGUUGCCACCCCGGUGAUGUACUUCACACAUUCUGUGGCUCUCCACCUUAUGCAGCGCCUGAGCUUUUCAAAGAGAGAGGCUAUAUUGGACAGUACGCAGAUAUCUGGGCGUUGGGUAUUUUGCUUUAUUUUAUGGUGACUGCAACAAUGCCGUUUCAAGCUGCCACCACCAAGAGACUGAAGGCUUGUAUCCUGCAGGGCUCCUAUGCCAUUCCUUCCUAUGUGCCCCAAUCCUGCCAGGAGAUCAUUAAGGGCCUCCUGAGGCCGGUUCCUGUGGAUCGCCUCACUUUGGCACAAAUGAUGACAAGCAAUUGGAUGAGAGGCAUUAAAUACUACCAGGCUGACUCAGCUUAUAAAUCUACACCGUCCCACCUGACUGAAGCUGAAAACAUUCUCACCUCAGAUGAACUGCAUGUGAAGGCUGCCCUGGAGGAUCUUGGCAUCACCAGCGUUCAUCUUCUCAACAACAGUCCAGACUUGAGAAGUCCUAUCACAGGGGCUUAUCGGAUUUUGGUGCACCGAAUCCAGAAAAGGAGAUCCGUAGAGGCAAGAGGCGAUAGCUGGCUGUGCAUCAAAGAGUCCCAGAACAGACUCGGACAGAGAACAGGCUCCAAUAAUCUGCUGCGCAAGCGCCACUCUGUAGUCUGUGCCGUUAUGUAG